AUGAGUAUUGAAAUCGCUUCUUUUUUUGAUAAUCCAGAUCUUGUGGCAAAGUAGACAUCUCUGUGGUAGAUUCUGAAUUAGGAAGUUUACGAUAAUGAUAAUAUUAUUUUCGAGCAGGAUUGCCACAAGAUUGGUAGGAAAUCAAAAUAAUUGAAACCAAUUACAAUCUAACUAGGAAAUGAGCAUUUAUAUUACAUUAAAAAAGAAACAAUGUUUUAGUUAUAAACUACUAUUGUUAUGAUGAAUUUAAUUAAACAUGAUUAACAUGGUAACAUAAUUAGGUUGUCACGAAAUGGAAAGUAUAUUGAUUUUAAAUUUGAAGAUUACGAUGCUCUCAAGAAUCUUCUAAAUCACAGAUGUUUAUAAUCUACAUUCCAUGAUGAAUUUGGAGUUGCCAAAAUGAUUGGCAAAGGAAGUUUUGCUAAAGUUUAUUUGGCAACAAAAAAGUCUACUGGUAUAAAUUACGCAGUCAAAGCAUUUAAUAAAGAAUUCAUGUUAGAACAAUUUAAAGGUAGGGAAUCAUUGGAAAAUGAAAUUAAAGUGAUGAGAAGAUUGAAUCAAGAAAAUCUAGUAAGACUGCAUGAAGUUUAUGAAACUUAAAACUCCAUUUAUUUUGUUUUGGAUAUCUUAAAAGGAGGUGAGUUGCUAUCCAGAGUCAAAUCUUAGCCAUUAUCUGCCCCUAAUCUACAAAAAUUAAUGUAUAAUCUCAUGAAAGCCCUCUGUCAUCUACAUUCAAAAAAAUGCAUCCAUCGAGAUUUGAAACCAGAAAACCUAUUAUUAAAAGAAAAAGAUAAUGAUACUGAUGUAGUGAUUGCAGACUUUGGAUUAGCUUGUUUUCUAAAUGAAGAUAUCCUAUUUAAGAGAUGUGGAACACCUGGAUUCGUUGCUCCUGAAAUAUUAGCAUAUAAAGAAGGGGAUCCAUUCUAUGACGAAAAAUGCGAUGUGUUUAGCGCAGGAGUAAUCUUUUACAUACUCUUGACUGGUAGACAACCCUUCCAAGGGACAGACUACAAAGCUAUCCUGAGAGCAAAUAAGAAUUGUUAGAUCAAUUACAACCUAAAAUAAAUAUAAACAGGUCCUUUAUAAUUAGUAGAUCUGUUAAAGAAGAUGUUACAUCCAGAACCUAAAGGAAGAGUGUCAUCUGAAGAUUGUCUAAAACAUCCAUACUUCAAGGAGAUCUUCAAGGAGUAAGACUUGAUCGAUAUAUAAGACAAUCUUCGAGAAUAUGAAAAGGACUUUGUCUAUGGAUUAGGAAAGUAAUAAGGACCUUCAAGUCAAGUUGGAUCUAUGCAAUUACAAUAGAGACAACCUGCUUUGAAUGGGAGAAUAGAUACUAUGGGAUCAUUUUCUAAUGUAUCCAAUAAUGGAUCAGUAACUAGACUAGAUUAGAAACCCUAACCUCAUUAAAGCAAAUUUAGUCAAUUCAGUCAAUCUAUGAAGUAGUAGCUCAAUUCUGAUGCAAAUUCACCAGUAGCCAAGAAAAGCAAUUAAUCAGAUUUACGAAAGACUGCUCUGAAAAAUUCGUUUUAAUAAUAAAUUAAUCAAAUGGAAAAGGAGGAUGAUUGUGUUGACGAUGAGGCAUCUCAAUUGGAAGAUGCAAUAUCAAAACUAAAUGCUUAAACACCAAAAAUGGGGUUGACAAAAGCAAGUUCCUUUAAAGUACAAAAAUCAACAAUGGAAUGA